AGGGCUCAUGUAAUCAAAGGAGUUUCUUUGUUGUGUGUGUCUUUUCAGAACACAACAGGAAUUCAAAAUGAAUCAGAACACAACUGAAUCUGCAGGAGCAGCUGAGACCUUGGCUGAUGUACCUGAACAUGUGCUUAAAGGACUUCCUGAGGAAGUGAGGCUUUUCCCAUCUGCUGUUGACAAGACACGGCUUGGUGUCUGGGCAACAAAGUCAAUUUUAAAAGGCAAAAAAUUCGGACCAUUUGUUGGUGACAAGAAAAAAAGAUCCCAAGUUAAGAACAAUGUAUACAUGUGGGAGGUAUAUUACCCAAACUUGGGAUGGAUGUGUGUUGAUGCAACUGAUCCAAGGAAAGGAAACUGGCUGCGAUAUGUGAACUGGGCACUUUCGGGAAAGGAGCAAAAUCUAUUCCCUUUGGAGAUCAACAGGACCAUUUACUACAAAACCUUAAAGCCAAUCGCGCCGGGCGAGGAGCUGCUAGUCUGGUACAAUGGGGAAGACAACCCAGAGAUAGCAGCUGCUCUUGAGGAAGAGCGAGCCACCCACCGCAGCAAGAGGCACUCUCCGAAAGCCAAGAAAGACCAGGUGGAGGAUCCAGCUGGCAGUAGCAGCCAUGUAGGACCCUUCAGGAACCUGAUGAGCGGAAUGCCUCCCUGUGUGUGUGAAAGAGCAGACUGUGGGUCAGAAGACCUCAGAACACUACAUGUCUUGGCGUAUGGACCAGGAGACCUAAUUUUCCUCUUCACCCCAACUCCAGCUUCACCAGAAGGGAAGAAAAAGGAGUGUAAAAACAAGGGGAAAAAGGCAAUAGAUACAAAGCCGAGAAAGACUGAUUUGGAUUUUACUUCCACAGAUAUGAGGGAGUCUAAAGAAGACCAUAAAGAGGAAGAUGAAAAGCCAUCUGUUUCUGCUGUGCUGUCACUGGAACAAACAGCUGUGAUUCAGGAGAUGGUAAAUCAAGAUGUUCUUCCAAAACUAAUGAUCCCCAGUCCUACCAGUGAGCCACGAACAAUGCCUGAAGACAAACCAGGAGCAAUAAUUUGUGGAUCAGAUGAUUUGGAGGAGGAGGAGGAGGAAGAGGAGGAGGAGGAGGAAGAAGAGGAGGAGGAGGAGGAGGAAGAGGUGGAAGAUGCUAAUUUAUCUGAAGAAAGUCCUGGAAAAGAGCCUACAGCUGUAUGUGAAGAAAAGCUAGAAUCUAUGGAGGAACAAAAAAGCAUAUCGGAAGAAUCUCUAGAGAACUCCCCGAAGAAAACACCGGUUGUAAAAAUUCCUAAAGCAAAAAGUGUAUCGAAUGGUGACCUCCAGGAAACAUUUAUGUUUCCCUGUCAGCAUUGUGAGAGGAAGUUUACAACAAAGCAAGGACUUGAACGCCACAUGCAUAUUCAUAUAUCUAGUGUCAAUCAUGCUUUCAAAUGCCGAUACUGUGGGAAAGCCUUUGGCACUCAAAUUAAUCGGCGAAGGCAUGAGCGGCGUCAUGAAGCAGGGCCAAAAAGGAAACCAUUCUUAACACUAACUUCGGCCCCGCAGUCUGAUGAUGUUGCUGAUGGACAGACAUUUGCAGAUGAUGGUCUUAAAGACGAAUUAAAUGUUUCCAAUAUUGUGCAAGACUUUGCAGUCUUGGAUUCUGAGAAGGUCUCCCAAGAAAUGUCAAAUUCUACCCUUGUUGAGGAGAACAAGGAACCCAAAGAAUUGCAUCCUUGCAAAUAUUGUAAAAAGGUUUUUGGAACGCAUACUAACAUGCGUAGGCACCAGCGUAGGGUUCAUGAGCGUCAUCUUAUUCCCAAAGGUGUCAGGAGAAAAGGAUUCAUUCUUGAAGAACCGCAACUUCAAACUGAGCAGGCCCAACCAGCCCAGAGUGUGUAUAUAGCAAGUACGGAAUUAGAAGAGGAUGGUGAAGCCGAUGACAUAUAUAUUAUGGAUAUUUCUAGCAAUAUCUCAGAAAAUUUAAAUUACUAUAUUGAUGGUAAAAUUCAGUCCAACAGUAGCACUAGCAAUUGUGAUGUGAUUGAGAUGGAAUCCAAUUCUGCAGACCUGUAUGGAAUAAACUGUUUACUUAGUCCAGUCACAGUGGAAAUUUGUCAAAAUUUAAAGUCUACAGAAACACACAUGACUGAUCUUCCUAAGGAGCCUUCUAGUGGUGGAAGCAAUGAAUCCAAAAAGAGGAGAACAACCAGCCCUCCUCUUUUACCUAAAAUAAAAACUGAAAUAGAUCCAGAACCUAUAACUCCUUCAUGUUCGUUAAAUCUUCCUCUUAGCAUUUCAACAGCUGAGAGCUUACCUUUUCAUAAAGAAAAAAGUAUUUAUUUGUCGUCCAAGUUAAAACAACUUCUUCAGACACAGGAUAGUAAUAAGAUAACUCCAGCAGCAACUGAAAUCCCUAAAUUGGGUCCUUCUGCUACAUCUUCACCCAUUUUGCCUUCAGUAUCUAGUAGGUUUAAAAGGAGAACCAGCUCUCCUCCCAGUUCUCCACAGCAUAGUCCAGCGCUUCGAGACUUUGGUAAACAAGGUGAUGGAAAAACCAUGUGGAAUGAUACAGUUCUAGGUUCAAAGAUGCCAAAAUUAGAAAGUCACAGCAACUCACCUGUAUGGAGUUUAUGUGGGAGGGAGGAAAGACAGACUAUGAGUCCUCUGAGUUUUGAUGACUAUAAAAUACCUAAGGAAUGGACAGCAACUCCAACUUUUGGUAGCGUGUGCAACCAGCAGCCAUUGGAUUUAUCUAGUGGUGUAAAACAAAGGUCUGAUGUCAAAAGCAAGACUCAGGUUCCUUGGGAAUCAGUGUUAGAUCUAAGUGUGCAUAAGAAGCCAUAUAGUGACACUGAAGUUAAGGAAUACAAAGAAAAUAAUUCAGUGCAGCCAACAUGUAGUGGUAUUAAAAAGAAGAAACCAACCACAUGCAUGUUACAAAAAGUUCUGCUGAAUGAAUAUAAUGGAACGGAUAUAGCUACAGAAAGCGCACCUGAUUUGACUUUGAAUAGAAGCCCAAGUCCAUGUAAAUCAUCAGUACCCCAGCCAGAACCUGAUGUUGAUCCUGGUCUGUCAGCACCUACUGUUGAGUCCCCUUCUCAGAGUUCCCCUGCUUCCCCUUUACCUCAAACAUUUGCUAUAUCCUCCUCGUGUCAGCUGCCCCCUCUUCUAACGCCAACGGAUCCUUCCUCCCCACCACCUUGUCCUCCUUUGUUAACACUUGCUACGCAACCCCCUCCACUUCUUCCUACUAUUCCUUUGCCACUUCCGGGUGCCUCUGCCAGUGUCACUCCCACUCCUUCAUGCCCAUCACCACUGUGUAACACUGCUACCCAGUCCCCACUUCCAAUCCUUUCACCUACAGUAUCUCUCUCUCCAUCUCCUGUUCCUUCUGUUGAACUUUUUACUACUGCUUCACCUGGUCCACCAAACCUCUCCUCCUCCUCCUCCUCCUCCUCCUCAUCUUCCUCUUCUUUCUCCUCCUCCUCGUCUUCCUCUUCCUCUUCCUCCUCCUCCUCUUCAUCAUCUCCUUCUCCUCCUCCUCUUUCAGUAGUUUCUUCUGUUGUUUCCCCUGCUGAUCAUCUGGAAAGUACUCUCCCCAUAAUAGCUUUUAAACAAGAGGAAAUGGAAAGUGAGCACGUGAAGCCAAGAGAAGAUCCAGAGACUUCAAGUGAAGCAGAUGUAGUUCAGGAAACGUUCAAUAAAAGCUUUGUGUGCAAUGUCUGUGAAUCACCUUUUCUUUCUAUUAAAGACCUAACUAAGCAUUUAUCUGUUCAUGCUGAAGAAUGGCCCUUCAAAUGUGAAUUCUGUGUACAGCUGUUUAGAGAAAAAACUGACUUGUCAGAACAUCGCUUUUUGCUUCAUGGAGUAGGAAAUAUCUUUGUAUGCUCAGUCUGUAAAAAGGAAUUUGCCUUUUUGUGCAAUUUGCAACAACAUCAGCGAGAUCUCCAUCCAGACAAAGAAUGCACACAUCAUGAGUUUGAAAGUGGGACUCUAAGACCCCAGAAUUUUACAGAUCCCAGUAAGGCAAAUGUAGAACAUAUGCAAAGCCUACCAGAAGUUUCCUUGGAACCCUCAAAAGAAGAGGAGGAUGAAGAUCUAAAUGACUCCUCUGAAGAGCUUUAUACUACCAUAAAAAUAAUGGCUUCUGGAGUAAAGUCAAAAGAUCCAGAUGUUCGUUUGGGCCUCAAUCAACACUAUCCAAGCUUUAAACCACCUCCAUUUCAGUAUCACCACCGAAAUCCUAUGGGUAUUGGAGCCACUGCUACAAAUUUCACAACCCAUAAUAUUCCACAGACCUUUACUACUGCCAUUCGUUGUACAAAAUGUGGGAAAAGCGUUGAUAACAUGCCUGAAUUACACAAACACAUCUUGGCAUGUGCCUCUGCCAGCGACAAAAAGAGAUACACGCCCAAAAAAAAUCCAGUACCACUGAAGCAGACUGUGCAGCCUAAAAAUGGCCUGGUCAUUAUAGCUGGCCCUGGGAAAAAUGCCUUCAGACGAAUGGGACAACCUAAAAGACUUAAUUUCAAUGUUGAGAUUAGCAAAUUGUCUUCUAAUAAGCUAAAACUAAGUGCAUUGAAGAAGAAAAAUCAGCUUGUCCAAAAAGCAAUCUUGCAAAAAAAGAAAUCUGCCCAGCAGAAGGCAGACUUGAAAAAUAGUGUCUCUGAGUCAGACUCUCACAUCUGCCCCUACUGUAAUAGAGAAUUCACUUACAUUGGAAGUUUGAACAAACAUGCAUCUUAUAGUUGUCCCAAAAAACCCAUCUCCCCUUCCUCUAAAAAAAAUUCAUCCAAAAAAAGUGGGAGCUUCUCAUCAUCUGCAAGUGGUGACAAAGGCAGCAACCAGCGCAGACGAACGGCAGACGCGGAGAUCAAAAUGCAGAGUAUGCAGGCUCACUUGGGUAAGACGAGAGCACGAACCUCAGGACCUGUGCAGAUUCAGCUGCCUACCGCAUCCUUCAAAUCAAAGCAAAAUGUAAAAUUUAUACCUCCAAUUAGAUCCAAAAAGCCAAGUCCCUCUUCAGUGUUAAGGAACUCCAGCCCUGUAAGAGUGGCCAAAAUGACUCACAUUGAGGGGAAAAAAACUAAAGUGGUAGCCAAGAAUCAUUCUGGAAUCUCAAGCAAAACAUCCCGGAAACUGCAUGUCAGAAUACAAAGGAAUAAAGCCGUUUUGCCAAGUAAGUCUGCUGUGGCAAACAAGAAAAAGACAGAUAGGUUCAGUGUAAAAUCUAGAGAGAGGGUUGGAGGACCUAUCACUCGGAGCUUACAGCAGGCAGCUAAUGCAGACACAAUAGAAAACAAGAGAGAAGAGAGCAGUACAAAACAAGAACUAAAAGAUUUCAGUUACAGACUCCGUAUGGCCUCUAGAUGUCCCCCCUCCUCUUCUCAGAACACCUGCACCAGGCAAUGCAAGAAAUCCAACUGCACGACGGCCCACUUCUUCAAGGAAUAGACUCUCCUGCUGCACAUCAAACCAAAACAGAGAGCGAGCCAUGAACUACGGAGGCCAGUGAGAGGAUGAUUCUAUAGCAUC